ACAUUCCAGAGAGGCGGAGUGCACCCCGUCCACUUCCUCGCAUUCCUUCUCCAAAAACGAGUCCCCUGCGCUAAAUUGUGUUUAAAAUGGGUUUUGGCGCACUCUGUCUCUUUUAAUAUGUAAGAUGUGGCUGUUAGUGGUGCAUUGCAAUAUUUUCUCGACCUCAAAUUUAAAUGUGAGGCUCUUUUGGAAAACUGGAGAAAAACUUGACAAGGGAAAAUUCCUCCGCGCAGCGCGCCAUUGACUGUAAAGAUCUUUCAAUUUAACAAAAACUGAAGUUGACAAACGUAUCCUGACGUUGAAACUUUGUGAUAAGGGUUUAUGUUUUCGAAGAAAAAGAUCAUGCAACGCUCCGAGAUUUCCAAGCACACUGGCUGUUCAGCAAACAGGCGACGACGCCUGGAUUGAGCCUGCGUUUUGUUAUGAUUUCCAAGUGAAAUGCAAUUACUGCUAUCUCUCACUCGGUAGUCGGUUUGUGGACUAGUGCGCUUUUUCUCUGAACUUGUUCGUCGCCUCCGGAGCAAACCAUGGAUCACUAUGAGGAAGAUUUGGGACUCCGGGCGAGUAAAUUAAUGGAGGACCUUUCCUUAUAUGAAGCAUACAAGGAUGGAAUGUACAGUUUAAGGAGGGACAUGGUUAUCAACCCCGAUUUGGAUUUUUCGUCUCCAACGAUACCCGAGCAGAAAAGUACGACAAUGAAUGGCAACUCUGUGCCUCAGCAACAGACACACACCGUUGAGAAUUACAUGACUGGGAAUAAAGUGUACACUGCGGCUCCCGUGCGCCCCGUGAAUGACAAUAGAGCCGUUCCUGUGGAUUAUUGCACCCCUCAAAGAGACAUAGUUUAUCCUAAUGAAGAUAGCUAUUGCACCAAAUCCGAAAUUGCUUUGCCGUGUUAUAGCGGCGCGUCCGAGCGACACAGGAGGUACUCCUUGGAGGUGCUGGGGCAUAGGUACAGCACUGGUAGCGCGUACGAUGGAGUGGUUUUGAACAAGCCAGUACCUUCGCCUGGCAACAGAUGCAACAGUAUAUGUGUUACCACCAACCACGACGGCAGAUACAAUGCAACCAGCCCGCGGUCCAGUUUCGUAUCCUCCCUCUCCUCCCAGGAGCAAAGCAAACAUGCAAGCCCUAGGUCGAGCAUCAGUAGCCCGCGCACGAGUCUGGUGGUACCCGGGCAAGACAAGUAUACGAGUCCCAGGUCCAGUCUGGUACACUGUGAAGGGAGCAGUGCCCUCAGCCCCCGGUCUAGCUAUGCAAGUACAGCCAGCGACACAAGUAAACAUUCCAGCCCAAGGGCCAGUCUGAACAGCUAUGAAUGCUGUAGUAAGCCCAGCAGUAACCGCACCAGCGGCAUCAGUAUGGGCUACGACCAAAGGCACAUCAGCCCCAGGUCCAGCACAGCGAGCCAGUAUUCUUGUACCACCAGUCCACGCUCUAGCUAUUCAGAUUCGCGUUACAUGCCUGUGGAGAACCAUGAUCUGGAGGGUGCAGUUUUGCAUGGCAUACCGGUGGCCAGUCCCCGGUCAAGCAUCUGCAGCCAGGACGGGUGCGCAAGACCCGGGACAAUAGCUAACUGCGUCGUUAGUCCCCGGUCCAGUAUCUCCAGUCACAGUUCCAGAAGUUCCCAGAGCUCCAGGGGAUCUAUGAGCACCUACCCAGAUCUCCAACUGCCUUCACCCAGGUCCUCAAUGCUGGGGACUGGUUUGCAGGAGGACAUACUAACACAAGAUUGUGGCGAUACCAACGGUGUUCAUAGUCGUAUCCAUCUCCAAGCGCUCUCUGGGAUGCCAGAGGCCCUGCCACAGCAUGCACCACAACAGUCAACCCAGGCAGGGAUGAACACAGAGGUGACCGCUGGAUCACCAUCUUCUUCUUAUGGGCUCCAUACGAAAACUCCAGCCUCAGGGCAGAAGUUUAAACUACCUUACCAGGUGACCCCAUGCCGGGAAAGUGGCCCAAGCCAAGCAGAAAGGAGUCUGGAAGCACUCACCUUGGAGCUGGAGAAGGAGUUAGAAAUGCACAUGAAAAAAGAAUACUUUGGUAUCUGUAUCAAGUGUGGGAAAGGUGUGUAUGGAGCCAGCCAAGCCUGUCAGGCCAUGGGGAAUCUGUACCAUACCAACUGCUUCACCUGUUGCUCCUGUGGGAGGAGGCUGAGAGGGAAAGCUUUCUACAACGUCAACGGCAAGGUCUACUGUGAAGAGGACUUCCUGUACUCUGGCUUUCAGCAGACGGCAGAGAAGUGCUUUGUAUGUGGUCACCUCAUCAUGGAAAUGAUCCUGCAGGCACUGGGCAAGUCCUACCACCCUGGCUGCUUCCGCUGUGUGGUCUGCACAGAGGGUCUGGACGGAGUACCUUUCACUGUGGACGUGGAGAACAACAUCUACUGUGUUAAAGACUACCACACGGUCUUUGCCCCAAAAUGUGCAUCAUGCAACCAGCCCAUCCUCCCUGCUCAGGGCUCUGAGGAGACCAUCCGGGUGGUGUCCAUGGACAAGGACUACCAUGUGGAGUGCUAUCACUGUGAGGACUGUGGCCUCCAGCUAAACGACGAGGAGGGUCACCGCUGUUACCCCCUGGAUUGCCACCUGCUCUGUCACGGCUGCCACAUCCGCAGGCUCAAGGUCCCAGUGCCCGGCCACCAGCCACCCAGCUACCCACUACACGUCACUGAGCUGUGAGAGGGCAGGGUCGGCGAGGAACCAACUCCAGCCAAGCCCAACCCACCGCUGACCCGCCUCCCAGGUGAUCUGAGACAACAUAGCAGAAAGAAGAAGGAAUCCCCCGCCCACGGAAUCCCGGGAACUUCAGAACCUCUUCUUGCAUGACAGAACAGAACAGAGAGACCCUGGGAGACUUCGCUCUCUACUUGCCAGCCGUGCCCUGGGGAGAGGAGAGAGAUACAGGGCCAUGGACAAGUCAUGGACAAGACAAAUCAGUUUUUUUCUCCCUCCUUUCUCCUUUUGGCCUGUAAACAGUGAAGCAGGCCGAGGCCCCAGCCCACCCAGAGGCCCUGGCCGAUGUCAGCACCGUGACCCCUGCACAUUCAUCACAGUGGGGACUGGCCUGGAUGGAGGGAGGGGGCCACUCUCUCUCUAUCUCCAUCGCUCUCUUUUUUCCUCCCUUUCUAUUUUGUUCAUUCCUUCGAGCUGAAGCCCAAUGCCAUGAUGCAUUUACUGCUCCUCUGUCAGAGAGAGAGAGAGCUGGACAGCGUCUCUGCCAGGAGGCUGGGAGGCCAUGAAACAGGCCGCUACAUAACAUUCCAGCACUGUCUGGCAGGGUUAGAGGGUUGGACAUGCUGUGCCUUCAGAGUGGCCUUCCACUGAGAAACCUCACCGAAUGGUGACAGUGCCACAGUCCAGCUAUCUACGGCUAUGCAAGGGUACCGAGUCUACCAGCAACAGAGCGCCUUCGUGUGACUCUGUGACACACUCUCCUGUACCAUCCCUUCAUGUGACUCUGUGACACACUCUCCUGUACCAUCCCUUCAUGUGACUCUGCGACACAGUCUCCUAUACCAUCCCUUCAUGUGACACAGUCUCCUGUACCAUCCCCUCAUGUGACUCUGUGACACAUGCUCCAGUGGCAUAGUGGAUGUUCGUGGCACGACAUGCACUGUCAGUAGCCACAGCGCUAGCCUGGGCUGGCACUCAUUCCACUUAGCAGUCUUAGAAGACGUGACCUCGAGAGAUUCACAAGCAGUGUCUCAACGAUUAUAUAACAAGAUAAAAAGUUAGAAGCACGUAGAUUGCCUAUAUAUUUUGCAGACAUUUUCCACAUAAGAUUCUAGAAGUGUAGUGUAUUUUCUUGCUGCGUUAUUAUUAUCAAAUGGAAUCGGAGGCCAAACGAGCUGUCGCCGUCUUAACGGUCCUCUGAAGGGUAUUGGUCCGUUGUUUAAUUUCUCCUCAAGGACACAUGUCCUAGAGGCCUCUGUGUUGUCGUUGGUCAUGCGAUCCACAGACCUGUUAACAUGUACAGUUCCACACACUGGUUAUUUGACCCAUAUGGUAGCACUGAGUAAGUGAGUGUCUGACCAUCGAGAGUCCCCACAUAUCCUCCUCAUGCAUACGUUACUGUGUCAUACCUACUGGUUGAUCUGAUUGUCUGGUUGGUUGUGGGAGUUGCUGGUCCAACCCAUGUCUCUGGGGAAUCCAUCCCCCGUGUUUUCCCUCGCUGGUUGUGCCGUUGUGUGCAUCUCUGUGUGUGUGUGUGUGUGUGUUAGUUUGUUGGUCUAUAGACGCUGAGUGUACAAAACAUUAAGAACUGCUCUUUCCAUGGCAUAGACUGACCAGGUGAAUCCAGGUGAUGUCACUUGUUAAAUCCACUUCAAUCAGUGUAGUUGAAGACAGGUUAAACCUGAUUUUUAAGCCUUGAGACAAUUGAGACAUGGAUUGUGUAUGUGAGCCAUUCAGAGGGUGAAUUGGCAAGACAAAAUAUUUUUAAGUGCCUUUGAACAGGGUAUGGUAGUAGGUGUCAGGCACACCAGUUUGUGUCACAAACUGCAAUGGUGCUGGGUUUUUCAUGCUGAACAGUUUCCUGUGUGUAUCAAGAAUGGUCUACCACCCAAAAAACAUACAACCAACUUGAUACAACUGUGGGAAGCAUUGGAGCCAACAUGGACCUGCAUCCAUGUGGAACACUUUUGACACCUUGUAGAGUCCAUGUCUGAUGAAUUGAGGCCGUUCUGAGUGCAAACGGGGGUGUAACUCAAUAUUAAGGAGGUGUUCUUAAUGUUUGGUAUACCCAGUGUGUGUGUGUGUGUGUGUGUGUGUGUGUGUGUGUGUGUGCGCAUGUGUGUGUGUGUGUGUGUGUGUGCGUGCGUGCGUGCGUGCGUGCGUGCGUGCGUGUGUGUGUGUGUGUGUGCACCAGUGGCAGUGCCAUGGUGCAUGUACCUUGUUGAGUGAGCAGGACAACGGCCAUCCAGCUCCACAAAACGACCCAUGCUCUCUCAAUCUCUCUCCAACAGAAAGGAUGGGUUAAGGCUCCUUUCUGUUGAGGAUGGAACUGUCCUCUCAUACUACUGAAUCUAACAGACAAGGAGGCUGACGUAGAGAUUACGGAGAGGAGUGGCCGACACAGGCAUCAUGUGCUUUCUGAUGUAUCCCUCGAUGAGAUUCUUUGGAAUGUAAUUAUUAGUGUAUGUUUGGAAAACUGUUGUUUCAUUUUUGCUCUGCUCCCAGUUGUACAUUUACAGAAGUGAAAAGGCUAGUAUCCCUGGAGUACAUGUUUUUGCUGGGAAAUUCCCUUUGAUGGUAGAUAAACUGAAUCUCAGCAUAGUAUGACGAGACUCCUAGUCAAGGAAUGUGUAAUACACUUGAAGAAUGAGGCAAUGGCAUUUUCUGAACUGUAGUUUGAAUAGUACAAUAAGACCCACUCAUCAAUCUCAAAUCAUUUUUCAUUAAAGCAGAAAAUGUUUAGACUUGACAAGAGUUGAUCCCCUUUAACGAUGUCUUAAUACACCUCUUUUAAAAAAUACUACUUCAGUUCCAUUUCUAUUGCAUAGCACACAGCUAGUUUCCCCAGACCUGUACAUAAAGAGGCUAGUUUUCCUUUCAUCCUCUGUCAUAAAUCACUCUGAAAGUGAAGACUUCUCUCUCUCCUAUCAGUAGUUUUCAAUAAGCACAUAUGACACCUCUGUCACAUCACUUUUGUAUCGCUUUUGUAUAAGUGUUUGAUUACCUAGAUGGUUCAUAAAAAAGGAAACUAGAUUUAUUUAUCUAAACAUGAAAAAGUCUAAAGUUAUUUAAUGUAUUAAAAAUCGGGACGUAUCAUUUAACUGUAGAUUAUAUCAUCUGCUUUUUAAAUAAAGUGGUUUUGUAGCUAACUUAA